AUGGCUCUCUUCCGCGACGGUCCGUAUUAUUCCCACACGAAAGGCUAUGACCCCGAGAACAUGCGAGGGGCGAUAGACCACCUGGAAGAAAUCAUCGACGAAGCCGGCCCCUUUGACGGCGUUCUGGGAUUUAGCCAAGGCGCAGCCCUCGCACUAUCAUAUCUCCACCUCUGCGAGAGCCGGAACGAACCGUCGCCUUUCAAAUUUGCCCUCUGCUUCUCCUCCGUCAUGCCGUGCUCCGCCGACCCGGACUACGGAAACUGUCUCCUGCAGCGCAUCUGCCCCCUCGACGAUGCCCUCGACGGCUCCGACGGAGACGGGGAAGGAACCCUGGGAAGCACGCAGAGAACCCUUUUCUGCGAUUUGCUGCACCGCACUGUAUUUCCUGCGCAGAAGAGUGGCUCGCUUUUGCCCAACUAUGACGUGGCCGUUUACCAACAGGGAGGGUACCUGUCGGUGGCGCCGAGGUUGAUGCUCCCGUCGGCUACAGAGACGAAGAUACGCAUCCCGACUGUUCACGUCUCUGGAAAGAAGGACGCCGAGUUUAUGAGGAACAUGGCCGAGACGGCGAGGGGUUUGUGUGAUGAGAAGUACACGAAGACGCUGGAGCACGUUGGUGGGCAUCAGCCGCCGCAGAAGGAGGCCGAUGUGAAGGCCGCCGUUCGGGCGAUGGAGUGGGCCAUCAGUCGCGCGAGACUGUAAAGGAAGGCAAUGAUGCCGUUAUCGAUAGAAGAGUAGAAGAG